AUCAAAAUGGCGUUAGUUAGGUUCGUGAAGAACGUUGGUAAAAACAUACAAAUACCGGGACAGAACCGUAAUGUAUCAUUGUCUGCUACAACAUAUUUGAAAGAAAUUAUCGAGAAGAAGGUGGAUAAUACGUUAAUAAUUGAGGCGAUUAUAAAGGAAGAUGAAAAUGAGAAACGAUUACUUAAGCCUAAACAAGGAGCUUGUACUAUAUGUUCUUCUGGUAUUGACAUCAAACAUACAGAUGUUCUUAUACUAAGCCAAUUCAUAAGGUCUGAUGGUCGUAUAUUGCCACAAAGAAUCACUGGUCUGUGUAAAAUACAGCAAAAAAGAAUUAGUACAAUGAUUCUGAUGGCCCAAGCAGCAGGACUAUUACCAGGACCUCUUGGGGAUCUAUCAACAAGGAGGAAGUGGAAGAAAUUUAAUACAUAUUACGAUGAAACUACCAUUAAAACUAGAUAUAUGUAAUGUUCUGUAAAAAAGUCACUAAAUAUAAUU